AUGUACAGAGAUGGUCAACCCUGCAUCCGUGGCGAAAGUACCAACCUGUGCAACACAAACGACUAUGAGUACCGUCCUCCAGGCGUACCGCGGUCCAUUGCCUCCACCAGUGGUUCGGACUUGUUUCAUGUUCCCGAUGCCGCGCCAAGUCGGACCUGGCCGGAAGAGGCUAAUGUGGCGGCCAGUAGCGCCUAUAUUACAAAGACCCUCGGACCCAUGCGCUUGAUGUGUUGGCCGAGAAGGUCUACCAGCAUCUGUUGGUAG